AUGAGUGCCUCAGUAGCUGAUAUCUACGAAGACUACUUGGAAAGUCUGCAAAAUUUACCAUCAGAAAUUGAUCAAAACAUGCACGAACUUCGUCGUAUGGAUGAUGAUUUACAGAAGUUUAGAGAGACCUAUACAAAGCACAAGAGGUCGUACGUAAAGCAAUUCAAGUCAAGUGCCAGUUCAACCAGUCUAGCGGCCACCCGAUCACAGCUUGAAAAGGAUUACAAAACUGCUAUGCAAAAACAGGACCAGAAAAUUGAACUUGCGAUGCGAAUGUAUGAUCUUGUGUCACGACAUAUCGAACGACUCGAUACGCAGGUAGCAAAGAGUGGCCUCAGUGAAUCAGAUUGGAUCAGUCAUAGAUCAAAUAGAAAGGACCCCACUUGGCACGAUGGAGGGCAUCAUCGAAAAAGAGCGUUAGGAUCCAUUGACGGUCCUACAAGAAAAAGGAUCCACCAUUCAUCUCGCCCAAUGCCAUCAAACGGCAGCACAACAGCAGGUGAUCCAGAUAUUGACAGUAAUGAGCCCACUUAUUGUUACUGCAAGCAAGUGUCAUUUGGUGAUAUGAUUGCCUGUGAUGGUGAUAACUGUGAACGAGAAUGGUUUCACUACAACUGUGUUGGACUGGUGGAGCCUCCUGCUGGUAAAUGGUUUUGCGAAGAGUGCAAAGUGGAGGAAGAAUAUCGAAACCAGUCGAGUGAGGAUGAUGGCGAAGACGAUAGCACACCUUGA